AAAAAUUCUAAGAGAUCUCAGCAGCGCCCUUUUAGGAAGCUCCCUCCAUAGGAUCGCACUCUAACGAUGUUUCCAAUGUUUCCCCUCGACUUAUUUGUUUUUUAACACAAGACGAGAUUAUUGACAUUAUUUGAGGUUUUAUUCUUAGAUGUGGGGUUGUUCAUCCAUUCGUAAAGAGGAAGGCACAAUUAAUUUUAAGCAAGUUUGCAGGCAGUACAGAUGCACAAUUUGGAUUACUGAAGAUAAGGUAUAAGAUGGAAUUCCUAACUUGCCAUACAAAUUCAUGUCAAAUUUGUGUUCAAAGACCUUGUUAGUAAGGUUAGCACCUUGUAAACAUGAGUCAUGUUACUGGCACUGUAGCGACAAAUGCAACUUAUGUGGAAGAGAACCAGACAAAUGCAACUUAUAUGGAAGAGAACCAAUGUCAUCACUCAGAUCAACUACCGGUGGAUAUGUGUGAUGUUCAAACGUCAACAAAGCAUAUUUUCUCUAGAUGGAGCCUAUGGCAAAUUCUUGAUUCCAUUCUUCCAACUGGUGGAUUUGCCCACUCUUAUGGCCUUGAAGCUGCAGUUCAGGCACGAGUAGUUCCUAAUGCAGAAUCAUUAGAAGCUUUUGCAGUUAAUACAGUGGAGAAUACUGCAAGCUUACUUUUACCAUUUGUUUACGAAGCUAACAAACAUCCUAACAUUGAAAAUUGGAUUAAACUCGAUCUAAUAUUGCAUGCAACCUUGAGCAAUGGAGUUGCAAGGAAGGCAUCAAUUGCUCAAGGAUCUGCGCUUCUGCGUGUAGCAUCAACCGUGUUUACUGAAAUUUCAGAUUUCAAACAGAUGCGGACAUGUGCUCGAAAACCUGUUAUGGUCCAUGUUCAUCAUGCUUCAGUUUUUGGUGUCAUCUGUGGUCUCCUGGGAUUUGAUUCAUUCACUACACAACAAGCAUACUUAUUUGUGAUGUUGCGAGAUUUGCUUUCGGCUUCAACUAGACUUAAUUUGAUUGGGCCACUAGAGGCAGCAUCUACUCAACACCGCAUCUCCAAAGUUGCAGAGAAGAUCUUGAAGAGACACAUGGAUCGUCCAAUCGAAGAAGCUUAUCAGACUGCCCCAGUUUUGGACACUGCUCAAGGUUGCCAUGAUUAUUUAUUUUCUCGUCUAUUUUGUUCAUGAGAAAAGUUUAUUGCCUCAGCAUUACUGACAAGCCAACAUAAAGGGUCUUAUUAUGAAUUUCCGUUGCAGAAUGACUCAUUAUUGUGGGUCUAAAAAUGCUAGUGAUGUAGAAUAUUGCUAAACUGAAUAGUUGCAUGUGCUAUUUUGUCUUAUAAUUUUUUGAUCCAUUGAUGUGAUCUGAUUCUUAAGUCUUCAGUUUUGUGGAAGAAAAAAUUCCAGUACCUCUUGGCAUCAGGAGGUCUUAGAAGCACCUUCCAGAAGAAUAUGCAAUUCGAUACAGUUUAGAUGAGGCUUUGUCUAUGCCACUUUUUUUGUGUUGAAAUAUUUGAAAUUUGCACAAUUGAAUAAUGGAUGCUAUUGUUUCA